AUGGAUAUACCUAAAGGAACCAUCGUCUUCACCACCGUCGGCCGACCCCAAUAUGGGUUCGAUGUUUUCUCCACUCCACUGUCACUUAAUCUCCAAGAGUUUUCAGAGCACCGCCUCACAGACGGUGUUUCUGUCAAUUUCAAUGCUCAGUUCACUGGCCCUGAUGAACAACACCGCCUGGUUUAUGUUUCCGAGAGAAGUGGAUCGUCCCAAAUCUAUCUAGAUUCAGACCCCGUACCCUACUCUGCACCUGAAAUAAGUCUCUUCCAUGACCGCCCCAUCGUUAGAGACGGACGUCUUUACUUCAUAUCCGCUCACGAACCCUCUGAUGCACCCUUCAAAAGCUGGUCCGCCCUUUACACCCUCCGAUUAGAAUUAGACGCUGCUGAUGCUAAAACCCUGUCUCGCUUGACUCCUUACGGAUGUGUCGACUAUAGUCCAUCCCUUUCUCAAUCCGGAGAUCUCGUCGCCGUUGCCUCUUAUGGUUUUCGCCCUUGGGCCGGCGAAUUUCACCACCUCGAAACGGAUAUCGUUGUUUUCCGUCUUUCAGACCCCACAAAUCGCUGGCUCGUAUGUUCACAAGGUGGGUGGCCUACAUGGUCGGGCGACUCUGUGAUUUACUUCCACCGACAAGCCGACGAUGGCUGGUGGAGCAUUUUCAGACUCGACUUACCCUCCAAGUUUGAUCUUUCUCCACCUCCUGCUCCUCAACGUGUCACUCCUCCAGGUGUUCACUGCUUUACGCCGGCUGCUAUGCAUAACCGACCACAAGUUGCUGUCGCGACUCGCCGAAAGGGCGAUAUUUACCGCCAUAUCGAAAUCUUGGAUGUGGAAUCCGGCAGGUUUUAUCCUGUAACCAAGUUUCUGAAUCCUAAUAUUAAUCACUACAACCCAUUUGUUUCUUCGCAGUCGGGGUUCCUCGGUUAUCAUCGGUUUAGAGGCGAAUCAGGACAUGGUGAGUCUAUAAUUCCACACUUAAACCUGAUUUCAUCUCCGAUUAAGGGUCUUGGAAUGGUGAGGGUAAAUGGGUCGUUCCCUUCAGUGUCUCCAGCCGGAGAUCUGAUCGCCUUCAAUCCUGACUUGGACUCAAAUGGAGGUGUUGACAUUGUGAAAUCAGAUGGAUCAAAGAGGUGGAGUCUGUUGAAGGGACGAACAUCAUUCUACAACUCAUGGAGCCCCAAGGAGAAAAACGUGUUCUUCACGUCGAUAGGGCCUAUAUUUGAUUCUGUGAAAUCGACGGUGCAAAUUGCACGGAUAUCCUUUGAUUUAAAAGGAGAAGAUGAUGUUGAAGUUGAAAUCAAGAUUCUGACGAAAGAGGAGACAGGCAACAACGCUUUUCCUUCGUGUUCACCGGACGGGAAAAGUGUGGUAUUCCGAUCAGGGCGGUCGGGCCACAAAAACCUCUAUGUAAUGGACGCCGUGGAAGGAGAAUAUAAGUUUAACGGUGGCAUCCGACAGGUAACGGAGGGACCAUGGAUUGACACAAUGCCGAGUUGGUCGCCUGACGGGAAGCUCAUUGCUUUUUCUUCCAACAGACACAAUCCGGACAAUGCAGAAGCUUUCAGCAUAUACAUCAUGAGUCCAGACGGGAGCAAUACACGUAGGAUCUACGUGGCUGGAGCUGAAGGGUCUGAAGAGGUGGAUAGGGAAAGGAUAAACCAUGUGUGCUUCAGUGCUGAUGGGGAGUGGUUGUUGUUCACCUCCAAUAUAGGCGGAGUAACGUCGGACCCGGUUUCCCUACCUAAUCAGUUCCAGCCUUACGGAGACCUUUAUGUCACCCGUUUGGAUGGUACCGGCGGCCUGCGGAGGCUCACUUGGAAUGGAUAUGAAAACGGGACUCCCACGUGGCAUCCUGUUCCUGUUCCUGAGUUGGUGAAUUCCGGGGAUAAGUUGUUGGGUCGAUUUGAUGAGCCACUAUGGAUCAAAUGUGAUUUCUAA